AUGGGGUUGGCCAUGGAAACGGCCGCUGACAGAGCAACGCCACCAGAAGAAACACCAAACAAAGCGCAGCUGUCAUCUAGUCACUCACCCGCAGAACGGCCCGCGUCCGACACCAUCGGUUCCUACGUGGUUAAACAGGCCUCUGGUGCUGCUGCUAUGCUCAAUCGCUUGAGGAAGCCUCGGCCGCAUUCCACAUCUGAGAAAUCACGUUUUGUCUUUAAAAUUCACCAAGACGAUUCCAUAGACCCGAGACGAGCCACCAGAGUAUCGAUCGAUGAAAGUCCACAACGGACGACGCUGACGCCGAUCCACUCACUGUACGCGAGGAAUAUGGGCGGCACUUCCGCUUUACAACAUCAACAAAACACCAGCAAACCUCUACCCUCGCUCCCGACGUCCCCUUCGGCGGAAACUGCCCCCGGACACGGCCGGAGAAUGGCCUCGACGAUUCGUUCUGUACCGAACCACGACAGCAGGCCCUCGUUUGACGAAGACGGAGACUCGACAGAGUGGUCUGCGUCCGGCCGGCAUUCCGCAUCGGCCUUUUCCAGCUCGCUUCAAAGCGAAUACAGCACUGUAUCUUCUAGCUCGCCGUAUACGUCGCAAACAAACGGAGGCAUCGAUUCGCGACCAAACCCCAAAACAAAAAAUAGCCAAAACACACCAACAGCGCACCUGGCGGCACCAAAUCAGCAUCAAACGCUCAAACAGUCAUCGAGAACACCAAGCCCGGACAGCAGGGGUAGCAUCGAGGUACCCAGGAGGGAAAGUAGUCUGGGUGUCACAGACCAGUCAUAUUCACGCCGGAACGCCGGGAUAAGCACAAGCACAAGUAACGGAAACGCGUCAAAAAUGGGGCGGCAGGAGUCUUCCGAAGAAGGCCUUGGGUGGGAUUCAACGGUGGGCAAGGCGGCCCUGAGCGGGAAGACAGGCAGGGUCAUCAAUAAACUGGUCUCGGACAACGAGGCGCUGAAGCGGGAUAUACAGAUAGAAAAGCUCAAGGCGGAGGAGUCAAGACAAGCAGCUCGGUUGUUGGAGGACAAGAUGGAACGAAUGGCAGCCGAGUAUGAGAGCCGCCUGCUAGACGCCAACAUCACAAAGACCCUCUUGACGAAAAAGGAACGCAAGGUGGAGAGCUUACAAGCAGCCGUAGAGCUCGAGAAGCAGCGGACGGCCGACGCACGAGACAAGGAACGGACCUGGCGCGAGGAGAUGGACAAGGUACGCAGCGACUCGAAGCGGACCGUCGAGCAGGCGACGACGCACGCGGCGCUGAUGGAGGGUCGCUAUAACGCCAUCAGCAGCCACUGGCGCGAGCAAGGGGAAGAGGUCGAGAAGGCGCUCUCGCGGGUGCGUAAGGAAAUGGCGCAGCUGCUCAAGGAGCGGGCACUCGACGACGACAAGAUCAACACUCUCCGCGAGCUCUGCGAUCAGCAGGACAUCAACAUUAGAGAACUCCGUCGGCAGAACGACGCCAUCGGGCAGAAGUUUGCCGAGUACAAGGAGACGCAAGAGGAGGCGCUACGGGACAUCAAGACCAAGGCGGCGCAGCGGGAGGAGGAGCAGACGAGGCAGCUCGAGGAAGCCAGAGAUGUGCUGCACAAGCUCAAAUGGGCGCUGCAGGUCAAGGAGAACGUGAAGGGGGCACAAUGA